AUGGCUUCCAAACAAUCCUCCAAACCCAUCUCUCUUACAAACCACACCGGAGACAUCUUCGCCGCUCCAGAAAACACAGUCCUAAUCCACGCAUGCAACACUCAAGGUAGCUGGGGCGGCGGAAUCGCCGUCCCCUUCAAAAAUAUUUAUCCCAAAGCUUUUGAAACCUACCACCGGCACUGUAUCUCCAAUAAAUCACCUGUAAAAACCGGCACGUGUCUACUUAUAGAACCCGAUGAGACGGGAACAUCAUCUAGACACUGGAUUGCAUGUUUAUUUACGAGUAAGAGAUAUGGGAGAGGGAAAGAUAGACCUGAUGAGAUUCUUGAGAAUUCUGGGAGAGCGGUGAGGGAUUUGCUGGAGCAGCUGAAAGAGGCUGAGGAAGAAGGGAGAUUGCUUGGGGGAUUGAGGAUGUGUAGGAUUAAUUCGGGGAGGUUUGGGGUUGAGUGGGGGAGAACGGAGGAGGUUUUAGAGGACAUAAAGGUGGAAGAGAGAUGGAGGGGGGAUAUUGAGGUAUGGGGGAGGGAAGAGGAUUUGCUGUGA